UGAACACAAGGGCAAAUUAACUCUUCCCUCCUCCUCUGCCGCCUCCUCAAUCCACCCACUCGAAUGUGCAUCUGUCUUGCAGAGAUGAAUUGGGAAAGCAGGUGGCCUGUACUGGGGUGGGCGUCUCUACAGCCCCCGGCAGAGAGGAAAGGAAUUUAAUCUCAGCAGAGUCUGGAGCUCAGGAUCCUGCAUCCUUUGGCUUCCUCCGCACAGUCACAGCCUUGACGGUCGAUAAAUGAGGAAUCACAAUGUUGACCAGCAUCACCGAGGGGCUGUUAUGUUGCCUGAUGGGCAAAACGUCCAACGCUGUCGGGCCUCUGGAAAGCAUCGAGUCCAGCGACGGCUACAGCUUCAUUGAAGUGAAGCCUGGGCGGGUCCUGCGUGUGAAGCACCUGGCUCCAGUUCGGCCGGCCGGGACAGAGGAAGUACCCCGGGAAACGGGAGCGGUGCGCUGCAAACGGCGGAUCACGGUCUAUCGCAACGGACAGAUGGUCAUCGAGAACCUGGGCGAUGCUGUGCGCUCGGAUAUCCUCCACUGCCAGAAUGGCGCAGAACCCAACAGCACCGUGGAAGUGGAUGUCUCGGAUGCAAACGCCACGGCCCCGCCUUCGGCCAACCCCUCCGCCACGGCUAUCAAACGCCGCCGGCGCAAGCCGAAGAAGACAGUCAAUAUUGACUGUUCCAAGUACAUUACCAGCUGCAAAGGGACCCAUGGUGACGUGGUCCUCUUUUUCAUCCAUGGGGUGGGAGGCUCUCUGGACAUCUGGAAGGAACAACUGGACUUCUUCUCCAAGUUGGGGUAUGAGGUUGUGGCCCCAGAUCUUGCAGGCCACGGGUGCAGCUCGGCCCCCCAGAUUGCUGCUGCCUACACUUUCUACGCCCUGGCGGAAGACUUGCGCAGCGUGUUCAAGCGCUAUGCCAAGAAGAGAAACAUCCUUAUUGGACACUCGUACGGGGUGUCUUUUUGCACAUUCCUGGCCCACGAGUACCCAGAUCUGGUUCACAAGGUCAUCAUGAUCAAUGGUGGAGGGCCAACGGCUUUGGAGCCCAGUCUCUGCUCAAUCUUCAACAUGCCAACCUGUGUCCUCCGCUGCCUCACGCCAUGUCUGGCCUGGAGCUUUCUCAAGGCCGGCUUUGCCCGCCAAGGCGCCAAGGAGAAGCAACUGCUGAAGGAAGGGAACGCCUUCAACGUCUCGUCCUUCGUACUGAGAGCCAUGAUGAGCGGCCAGUACUGGCCAGAGGGAGAUGAAGUCUACCACGCUGAGCUGACAGUGCCAGUGCUGUUGGUGCAUGGAAUGCACGACAAAUUUGUUCCCAUUGAGGAGGACCAGCGUAUGGCUGAGAUCCUCUUAAUCGCCUUUCUGAAGGUGAUCGACGAGGGCAGCCACAUGGUCAUGAUGGAAUGUCCAGAGACAGUCAACACGCUCUUGCACGAAUUCCUGCUCUGGGAGCCAGAGAUGAUUCCAGCAGGCGACGGGCUAGAAACGGAGAAGAAAUAAAAAGCCACGGGGGUGCGCACAGGAGAGAGACCCGUUUCCCUUGUUGCUUCCCCUGAAGGAGGGACUUUCCUGAUGGGAAUCUGCGAUGGCAGAAGGCUUGCCUGUUGGGAGAAGCCCACCCCACCUCAGGGGGGAAGCUGUGAAAUAGCAGGGUGGGUGAUGUAGAGGCUGAGCAUUGCCAGCCCCAAGGCAGAAACCAAGUGAAAUCUCAGAUGCUGGGAAGAAAGGGAGAUCCUGCCCACGCUAAGCUUUCAUCCCGAUUCCGUUUGUAGCAACCUCAUUCAUUUCUUGUGCUUCUGCCUCAGGCAGGCCAGAGAGAUGGCUGCGGCAAAGCCUCAAAGGACUCGCUCUGGGUGUGAAACAAAGCGGAGAACGAAAACAGGCAGCCGUGGGUGCAUCCUUACCUUGACUGGGCCAAGAUGGCAGUCCCUCCUUGAGCUUGGCUCACCUGGCUAACUUGAGCACAGAAAGGACCAUUGGCAAUUGCCGCACAGAGAGGAAAAUGGCACGGAUGGAAUUUAAGAACCCGUCUGCAACUCUCUUGCUGGUUCUUGAAGGGUUGUGGCACGUCGGUCUUGGCCGAUGAAACUCUUUGCAGUGGCUGAGUUGGGAAAGCGGGAAGGACGCAUCGGAAGGAGCAGGGGUGGUGUGUGAACUCUGCCAAGAUGCCAAAUGACCACCUUGAGGCUGCUGUUCAUACAGCGCCUGGCUCUGCAGUGGAUCAAGUUCAAGUGAGGCUGCCCAGUGUAAGUUAUACAUCACCUACCUGUCUCAGAGAUGUUUCUUUGCGUCCAUCCCAAAUCUAGAUCUCCCUAAGAUUCUGGAGCCUGCUCACACAUAAGAGACGCCAUUUCCUCUGUUUUACAGCUCACAAGCAAUACAAAACGUGCGCCUAGAUCACAGGCCCAGAGCUGACCUGUCUGAUCUUGGGUUCGAGGAGCGAAAGUCAAGUCCCAGUGGUAGACCGGUGACUAUUUCAGUCACUAUUUCAGCUGUUUGCAAACAUUUGCUUCUCUUUCUGCUUGCGAGGGAGAGAAACAAGUCGCAACGAUACUCUCUAGAACUUGUUUCCCCCGGGGUUUUUCUUUGGUGUAAUCUAAAAAACCAGUUUCUAAGAAUGUCAGGAUAAUAGAAAAGCCUCCUAGCAAUAGGUAUGUUACUGCUGUCCCUUGGGGGGGGGGGCCUCUUGGAGACGCACAGACACACAGGAAAAUAGCGAGGGCCUGCUUCAUCACACUACUAUGUCGUAUUUUUCCUCUGUCCCUUCCUUUUCCAUUUGAUCUGGAAGUAACCAAAGAGUUGUGGCUUCAUCACAGCCUGCACAAAGGUUCCAUUUCAGAUCAGCGUUGGAUGCCUUCCCGUUUGGUCGCUGAGCCUCCAGGCCUCGGGAUUGAAAUACAUUCCUAAUGGCGCUGGAAUGCAAAGUUUUGGGGAAAAAGAAACAAGGGGACCCUUCCUUACUGCUACGGUAGCGCAGAAGAACCUUCCACAGGGUGGGGUGCAUCUUCUAAACACCUCCCAGAUAAAACAUUCAGCUCUAGUCGGGCUCCACCUCCACAAAAUAAAUAUAGUGACAAGCUUGCUUGGCUAGGUUUGAGUUUGUAUGAUUUCCCUCUGACCAUCGCAUUAUAUUGGGGGGGGGGGGGGCGGGGAAAUCUUGGCCCCUCCUCAGAAACCCUUUGGAAGGGCACAAUCUGCUCUCCAAGAUCUACA